AUGGUACAUAUAAGACGAUCCAGAGGUGUACUACUCGUUAUCCUGGUUAUACUCUUACAUAUCAUCAUUGCAUCAUUAUUAAAAUAUAAUAAUCAUCCCUAUUUAGCUGAAACGACUUUAAAUCUAUUGGAUAUAAAAAAAUCUUUAUUAAAAUACAAUUCAUUAUCAUCAACUUCAAAAGCAAAUGAAGAUUUUAAUCAAAAAGUUUCCCAAAUCAAAUUAAAUAUAACGGAAUCUUUAGUUACAUCCUUACCUGAUUCCUAUUAUGAUAUUGAUUUACCCUUUAAAUCAAUCGAUAUCGAUAAUGAUAAUGAUCAAGAUCAGGAUCAAAAUCAAGAUCAAACCGAUCUUUCGUCUCAAGAUAAUGAUGUGAUUAAAAUCGAUGAUAAUGAACCUUAUCUUAUCAAUCAUUAUGAUCCUCGAUUCACCUUUGGAGUUUUAUUCAAUUAUUUAUCAAAUCAAUUAAUUAAAAAUGAACCUAUCAAAGAAUUACCUCAUUUCCAUUGGGGUGAUUAUGUUGAUUUAUCUCAAUUAAAUCAAUUUAUUUUCAAUCCUAAAAAAUUACUUUGUCAAAAAUUUGAUACUUCAGCUAAAUCAACUCAUUAUAAUAAUAAACAUUUCUUAAAGAAACCUGAACAUUAUUGUUUUGAUGAUAAUGAUAUGCUGAAAUUUAUUGAUCAAAAUCAAGAUAAUGUUCAUGUAUUAAAUAGUUUGAAAUUAAUUCAAUCAUCAAAAUUCACUACCGGAUUCCAUAUUUUUAGAUCUCCCGGUCGUCAAAAAUUAAUUAGUAGAUCAAUCUUAGCUAAAUCUUAUUUAAAUGAUUUUAUGACUUUACCAUUAUCAUUAACUUUAUUAUUACCCAAUCAAGAUUAUUUACAUUUAGAUAUUAAUCAAAAUAUCUUAACCUCAAAGAAAAAAUUAACCAAUACCGAUCAUUAUAAACAAGUUAAUUUAAAAUCAUUAAAUCUUAAACAUGAAUUAAAUCAAUUCAUGGAAAUCUCUUCCUCUAACAUUGAUAAAAUUGAAAAUCUUCAUCAUCCAGAUCCAUUACCAAUCCAUAAGAAUUUAACUGAUGAUUUAUUCAUUGAUAAUUCAUCGGCCAUUCUUGAUUCCAUGAAAUUAAAUGCUCAAUCAGUUUCAGAAUCAGCCUCAGAUAAAUUAUAUCGUCAAUCGUUAGAAAUGUCAUUAACCACCCAAUCACCUAUGAAAUAUUUCGAUGAAGCCAAUAUCGUCCGUAAUGAAAAAAAUUAUGGUAUAGGAGGUCAUUAUGAUUGGAGAUUUUUUCAUGAAAUUGUUAAUUAUUCCGUUUUACAAGAUCCUGUCUUACAUGGUUUAAAUCGUGCCUGGUUGAAAUUCACUAAUAGAGUAGGAACUAAAACUUGGAUUGCUCAUGGAACUUUAUUAAGUUGGUAUUGGGAUGCCCUUAAUUUCCCCUGGGAUAAUGAUGUUGAUAUUCAAAUGCCAGUUCAAGAAUUACAUAAAUUAUGUAAAGCAUAUAAUCAAACUGUGGUGGUUGAUUUUGGUAAUGAUAUGAAUAAUUUAAGAUUUGGUCGUUAUUUCUUGGAUUGUGGAACUUAUAUUAGUCAUAGAGUAAGAGGUAAUGGAGCUAAUAAUAUCGAUGCUAGAUUCAUUGAUGUUGAUACGGGGGCUUAUGUUGAUAUAACUGCUUUAGCACUUUCUAAUACUGAACCUCCCCGUCGUUAUAAUGAUUAUUUACCUACUGAUAUUUUCCCUUAUAGAAGAAAUGUUAGACAACCUAUGACUGAUGCCUUAUCAAGAAAUACUCAUUUAAAAGCUUAUAAUUGUCGGAAUAAUCAUUUUUCAAGAUUAGUGGAAUUAAGUCCUUUACGAUUAACUAUUUUUGAAGGAGAAUUUUCUUAUUUACCAUCUAAUUUCGAAUUAUCUUUAAAGAAUGAAUAUGGUGAGAAAUCUUUAAUGUUACAAACUUUCAGAGGAUAUACUUUCUUACCAAGAUUAAGAAAUUGGGUUAAAGUUGAAUCAAUUAUUGAUUUUAUUAAAGAAUUUAAUAUUGAAAAAGUUCAAGAAAGUGCAAAGACAUCUAAAAAUGAUAAUUCGAGAUUUGCUUUGAUUAAAGAUUUCUUAAAUGCUGAUUAUUUUAAAUUAUUAAAUUUCAAUCAUGGGAUUUUAAAAGAAUAUUUACAAACGGCUAAUCUUACUCAUUUCCAUGAAGUUGAAAUGAUGAAUUUAUUGAAUUUAAACAAAGGUGAUAAUAAAAAGUCAACAACCGAUGUUAAAAAAGAUGAUCAAUCUCAAAUUGAAAAUAUUGAGGCUAAUCCAUUAAAACAAAGUGUGGAGAAAUAUUUAAGACCUGAUUAUUAUAGUUUUAAACAUCAACAGGAUAAUUUAAAAACAAGUUUUGCUGAAAAGAUUGAAAAAUUAAAAAUCGAUAAUAAGAAUCAUAAAUUAUCUGGGAUUGAACAAAUUAAAAAUGAUUUAAAAAAUUUAGAAUUCAAACUUUCAUUAGAUCAAGGAUCAAGAGAAAUUCAAGAAGUUAAGGAUUUAAACGUAAAGCAAAAACAACCAUUCUUAGCUGAAGAAACAGAAGCUGAGAAAAAGGUGAGAAUAAACAGAAUACCACAACCAAAUCAUGCCCUUAGACCUCCAGCUGUUGUACAAAUGAAUCAACCCAGAUUAAAUGGAAUUCAACCCGGUCAAUUGAAUCAAAAGAAAAAACAAGAAGAAGCAGCAGCAGCAGCUGAUGCAAAAGAACGUAAUUCGAAUCAAAUACCUACGGUAAGGAUAAGUACAAUUUCACCAGUAAGAUUAACUGCUGAUGAUAUUAAAAAAUUACAACUUGAACAACAAACAGAUCAAGAUUCAGAGGCUGCUCUUAAGGGUAGACUUAAUAAUCAACCAGUAGCAUAA